UGUCCUAAAAGAAGAUGGUGAUAAGGUGUUUUCUCUUUAUUCAUGAGGUGAAGGGUUCAAUAACGGCAAGGUGCACAUAUAAAAAAAAAGCAUUUAAAAAUAUGUUAGUUUCCGGUUUAAAAAAAACUAGAUCCCACUCGAGGUUCCCUCUUGUCACUAUCAAGAACAACUGAACAAGUCGAAUGUCGAAGAUUCAUGGCAAAGUUUAUUAAGAUGAGAUGAAAAGUAUUUAAUUUAUUACGUCAAAUUAAACUUUAUAGUAAGCUUUAAAAACGAUAAGUAAUCUAGCUAGGAAUAUGGGUCAGAAUUCAUAUAUCCUAUAAAAGGACCACCCGAGAGGAAGACUUUAAAUUAAGCUACCGCUAUGAAGAAGACUUUUGACCGAAGAGGAGUUGCUCUAUUAUUGCUUGUGUUUAAUCUAAUCAUUCAUAAUGUUUCUGCUUCAAUCAAACCACAUCAAGGAAGUGUAUUUUCUGGUAGGAGUAGAAUGCUUAGAAAGGUGUCGUCAGCGCCGCCGCCGCCAAAGCUAGGUAAAAUUAAGAGUUAUGUGUUUCUUCGUCCGCCUCCGCCGCCACUAUCAACGCUACAAAUCAGCGGCAUAGAUUCAAGUUUGCGUACGGUACGUAGGGGUUCACCCCCGGCACCAAAGCCAAGUCGACCACGGAAUUUCUUUAUAUUUCCUUCACCGCCUCCCCCCUGCCGCCACCACCACCAGCACGGAUGCAUAAACGACCUUCAAAGUGCAACGUCCCACCACCACCACCACCACCGGAAAGUACUUAAAGAUCAUCAACAUUAUGUGGGUUUGAAGUUGUCAUUCGAACCUCCCAUACUCAAGCCAAUCCUGGAAGACGAUUCCACUGCUGCCCAAUUGAAGUUGCAUUUUUUUUUCUUUUCCUAUCCAUGCUACCUAAGUAUAUCUUCUCGUCGAAAUUAAAGGGUAGUUAAGGCUGUGGUUUUGUUGCUUGGGCUGCCCCCCCCCCCCCCCCCCCCCAUAUGUCCAUAUUGUUUAGAAGUCUUAGCAGAGCUAGAAAGGACUACACGUAUGAACGAAGAUGCUGGAAGGACUAUUGCUGAAAAUAAGAGGUUGAAAGUGCUAAUUGUGAUGAGUUGGAUGUUGUUGUGAUAUAUGUCUUGACCCACUAAUUAGAAUCUUGUAAUUUACUGUUUUGGAUGUGUAAUGUAUUUGACAGUUUUUGGAUGCAAUGUAUAUGAACUCUCUAAAAACAAACCACAAUA